AUGACGCUCUCUUCACCGACAUUUGGCACUCGUGGCAAUAGCGGUAGUGAUCACCUCAUUUAUUUGGCUAAACCUCGACGUGCACGAAGCAGUAUUGACUCUACUAUCUCAUCUGCAAGUGGAAAUAAUGACAGUAGUAGCAACUCUGUUCUUCGCGUAUCAAUGGAGGUCGAGAAUAUUGGCGAGCGUGUCGCCAUGUCCAAGAAACGUGUGACAUGGCGUUUUGUACUUGCCGGAUCGGAGAAAGUGCAUACGUUAAUGCUUGAACACAGUCGCAUUUCGGCAAAGAAGCGACUGAAAUUAGAUGGCCGUCAGUUGUUUACAUCGGAGCAAUAUGCGACGAAUUGGUAUUAUAAUUUUCAUGUUGGAGUCGAUCCUUUGACACCAUUUUGUGUGAAUAUUUAUGAUAUUAAAUCAUCUUUUGUGGGUCAAGGAAGAUUUGAAACGAUUUAUAAUUUGGUAGCCGAUGGUAUUGAUUGGGAUCAAUUGCCAGAACGAUUUCUACCAGUUGCUUUCCGACAUCAUACAACGUCAGUGUGGAGUAGUGACAUGUAUGUACGACGUAUGGAAGAAACGUUUGGUGAGUUGUUGAGUGAUGGGGAGGAAUGUCCACCAGGUACAUUAGUAACAUGGACAUUUGCAUUUGGUGUAAACGGUAGCAUUCACAAGCUGGAGUUACGGGACUUGGAAAAGGGCGAGUUUGUAGUCGUUUUGGACUGUCGCGAACUCAAACGUGUUAAUUUUGAUGAUAUUGAUGGAGAUAUAUGGGAGUUUGAGUACGAUUUGGAAGAUCAACAUGAACUGGACUUAGUUGUGACCCUUGUGGACGAUCACAAAACAUAUGAUUUUUUCAUUGAUGGCAGCGCUUGGAGUGACAUUAGCCAGACCAACUUUGUGCUUGAGUCCGGAUGGUACCCUGUGUUUUCCCGUUCGCGGAAUGCCGUGUAUUUUCGUCAUGAAGGAACAGGCAACACGCAGUGGGAGAAACCCAUUGUCGAUCGUGAGAAUUUGUUAGCCAACCGACCGUCACAGCAGUUUGAGCAGGUAUCUCCAGGCUCGCAGGGGUUGGAGGAUUUGGUCCAUGGAAUGCACGCCGUUUCUGUGCCGGACAAGAUCUACGAAGAGCCUGAGAGUGAAUGUGGUCAACUUGUGCCGAUGAAACAGCCAUUACAACCUGUGCUGGAACUACCGGAGGGACCCGAAACGCAAGAGACUAAUCUGAUUGACUUUUCGGACGCCGUGAUGCCGAUCGAAAAGGAAAAAGAAUAG